AUGUCCACAAUUGUAUAUGUAAAUUCUUCGCCAACUCGUUCAAACGAUCAUUAUUCUCAAUAUAUUUACGCCUACGAUCAUCAACAGAGUAGUAAUAAGAAUAUGGAACAAGAAACACUAGAACACAGUCGCCAGAUGAUAUCAAACGAUCUGAAGGAAGAUGAACAUUGUCAAGUUUGUGGUGAUUUAGCAUCGGGAUGGCACUACGGAGCAAUAACAUGUGAAGCAUGCAAAAAAUUCUUUUUACGUUCAAUUUCACCAUCCAAUGGAAAGAAACAAUUGAAAUGUCAAAGAAAUUUAAGUUGUUCAAUGACGAAACGUUCUCGAACGCAAUGCCAAUAUUGUAGAUUACAGAAAUGUAUUUCUGUUGGCAUGAAAAUUCAUGAGCCAGCUGGAUUAAAAUUAGAAAAUUUAUAUAAAAAAUUACCAUGUGUUAUCUGCAAUGCAUCAGCGUCAGGUAUUCAUUUUGGUGCUGUUACAUGUGAAGCUUGUAAAGGUUUUUUCCGUCGAUCGAUAAAAGAAAAUGCUCCUGACCGCUAUUAUUGUACUGAAAAUAAUAAUUGCGAAAUUGUUUCAACAUCGAAAACAACUUGUAGAGCAUGUCGAUUUCGAAAAUGCAUUGAAGCUGGAAUGUCUAUGAAUGCUUCAAGAAUUGGUCGCCAAUCAAAUCUUUUUAAAGAAAAUAUUCGACAAUUUCAAAAUUCGUCCACGUCAAUGGCAACUGUCACAGAUUCGGCUCGUAUUGCAUCGAUAGCUAAACGACGAAAAACAGUAACUAAAACUGAAAAAAUAUUUGCAUCUACGAAUGAAAUUGAUGAUGAAAUUUCACCAACAAUAAAAGAAUUCAUUGAAAAAGUUCAUUAUUAUUAUCUUCUAUAUUUAAAGGAUUUACCUCAAUGUAUUCCACGUGAAACCGUUUGGUCAACAAUGGCUUCACAGAUGAUUAUUUAUGCUCAAGCCGUAAUGAAUUUUUGUCAGAAAAUAAUACCGGAUUUCACAAGUAUGCCUGACCAAUGGGAAAUUAUUUCAUCGUCAAUUAAUUCCGUUAUUAUUAUUAAACUGUUAUAUGACAAAAUACUAUUGAACUCUUUGCAUGAAAAUAAUCAAUCAACAUGGAAUUAUUGGCAUGCAGAAGCAACAUUAUCCAUGGAACUGAGUGCACAUGCUCCGCAAUUAAUGCAAGCUGAAGAUGCAUUUCGAUCAUUUGAAUUACAAUUCAAAGAUCUUCUUUUAGAUGAAAAAGAACUGUCACUGCUUUUAUUAAUGCUUAUUACUCGAAAAAAUUGUAAUUUAAUGACUGAAAAUCACAAGUCUUGGUUAAAAUUACAAUAUGAGUGUGUUGAAGCAUUGGCCGAAUAUACUCAAGCUCGUCGUUCGAAUAUAAAUGCACGAAGAUCAAUCGAAUUUUGUGAUAUUAUUUUCUUGGUAUCACAACUACGAUCACUGAAUCAUCAUGUAACUCAAUGUUUUAUGAAUAUCCCAUGGUUAUAUGUACAAAAUCUGCCAUCUUUCUUUUAUUCUGUUUUUCUACCAAGUACGACACAUAUGUCCUUAAAAUUAAACGGUUAUUAUGAUCCAUCAUCGAAUAGUAAGAAUCAUUUUGAUACCGAUCUAUUCAGUGAUCCACUAAAUUAUAUAACAUGA